AUGGGGGCGCCGUCUCUCCUGCUGAUGGCCCGCCGCAUGUGUGUCAAGGUGGUGAGAGAAAUUACUGACGUUGGGCUGGCUCGGUACGAUGUUAUCCGGCCAAUCCUACAGAAGAUCGAGAAUCCUCAGCAGCUGCAUGAGCUUGAACAAAGAUCUCCACAUCUACUUGAUCAUGAUGCUGAGCUCUGGAUUGAGUUCAUCAAACGUGAUAUCUACUUCUGGGAAGAUAUUGAUCUAUCUAAAACUCCCGAGAGCUGGUACAAUUUUUACAUCUCGCUACGCGAGCAAGCAGCUAAGAAGGUUGACGAAGAUGCAGAGCGCAUGAGACGUGCUCUGCAAGGCCUCGACAAGGAGAAGUCGAAGCACACUCCCAAGAUCGUUGACGCAAAGAAGAUGCGCCUGCCUCAGGAGAGACCCACGUCUGUUCAGAGAUAUGCUCACCACGACCGCAUUAUGGGCGGCAUCACCCCCGUUUUUGCAUUAAAUACGAAAACAGGUGAUAGCAGCCACAGCAAACCGUGGGAGGACAAAUCAAGAUGGAAAUUCGUUCCGCCCAGGUUAUCCUCUCGGCCUGGCUCUGGUGCUUCCUCUGGAGGGAGGAAAUCUGCGUUACCGCCGGCCGUCAAGCGCAAUACUAAGCUAUCCACCCCAACUCAUAAGCUCAGCGCCAUGGCGUCUCGUGUCGUCAAAGCUCCCAAGUCGCUCAUCGAGGACCACAAACCUGUUGCCCCCAUUAGGCACCCUGUUCGACCUGUGGUUCGCACCAACAAUACCACGUCAACAUCCCCACCAGCACCUACCGCAAGACCACGUACGAAUACAACGGGGCCCAGCCCGACCGUGCGUCGUGCUCCUGCAGCUUCAUCUGUCUUUUUACCUCCCAGGCCUCGAGUCGCCCGCUCAGCCGAAACUCUUAAACCAAACGCUACUCUGGCUACAGUGCGUUCAAAUCUCCAGACCCAACGCAAGGGAUCGUCGGAAACUACUCCAGGCUCUGCCGCCCCAAAUGAGAACUAUGGGUACCCUGCGAGAUCCAAGGGUGAUAGGACCAGCGCAAGCCAGCUAUCUUCCACCAAUAAGAGGCAUGCUGAACACGACACAUCAAGCACCUCAUUCGACACUAAGCAGAAAAGGUUGAAAGUUGCAUGA